AUGUCUCGGUUCUAUUCAGCUCAUGGCCGGCCGGCUCUAGGAGACUUCCCCGGGGAGCUGGCUAAGCCAGAUCAGACCAAGCCAAACCAGGUGAAUGGUAAUACAGUGGCUCGCCGGGUGUUAGAGAUGCUCUUUACCCGGGUAGACCCCCCACCAUCAAGGUCUCGGAGGUGGGCAGUUGAAGUUGCGUUGCGUUGCUUGAUCGUCGGCCAGAGCAAAGGAACCCAACCCGACCCAACCCAAAAGAUGUACGCGGCACUACUCCCCAUCUCGGACAUGGUUGGCCCCCGCUCGGCCAUUGCAACGUUCUACGUAGCAUUUGUCGUGGAAUGA